UCCCAGUCCCAGUGGAUUCUCACCCUCCCAUGGGGCACAGAUUUUUGGCGGUUCCACAAGAUCCCGAAUUGCCGACUCCUUCCACUCUUUCCUCAUAUUGUCUUUGCUCUGUUUGGGUCACGGAUUCCCCUCAAGAACUGAAGACGAAGAUUCGAAGAGAAAGCGUUGUUCACUCCCGCAGAAGAGGAAAUCUGGAAAGAUGGAGGAAGGCCAGAUAGGCAUAGUUCUAUCUCGAGCUUCUGAGCUUCGAUUGAAGAUCAAUAACUGUAUCGACAAAGCCAGAACUCGCGACGUUGAUGGUGAAGCUGAAGAUGAUCGCUUUCGUUCCCUUGACGAAGACGGUGAAGGAGAAGAUGAAGCCGAUAGCCUUUCCCGCAUUCGGGAUGCUCUUGAAUCUCUCGAGGAACAGCUUGUUUCCUUGCAGGCCUUGCAGCAGCAACAACGAUAUGAAAGGGAAGCAACGUUAGCAGAGAUUGAUCACAGUCGCGAGGUCUUACUCAAGAAGCUCAAGGAGUACAAAGGUGAGGACCUAGAAGUGAUUCACGAGGCCACUGCCUUUGCUAGUGAGCCAGUUGAGCAGAAUGAUGAUCUCCUUCUUCCUCCCUAUCCAAGCCGACCUCCAGAUCCUUUGGUCUUCAACAAUGGUUAUCCGUCACACAACUCUUCUGCGAGGAAGUUUGCUCGAAAUGGGGUCAUCACUAGUGAGUCCAUUCCCGAGGCCAGGAAGGGUAUGGGUGAGGUGGAUGGAAAUCAAACUCAAAAGCCUCCGAGAAGCUCACCAACAGGAUUCAAACUUGUUUUUAGUUUGGCAGCCAAGACAGUCCUUACUAUUGUUGGGGUGGUAUCUGUUCUAAACUUGGCUGGUUUUGAGCCAAGGCUUUCGAGAAGGAGCACCCAGUUCAAAGUUCUGGAUCUAUUCCCUAGACGAGCAACAGAGGACAACAGAGAUGGAAUUCAGUGCCCACCUGGGAAAGUUCUGGUUAUGGAAGACGGGGAACCAAGAUGCCUUGUGAAAGAGAGGAUUGAAAUUCCAUUUGAGUCGGCUGUAAUGACACCAGAUGUAAAUUAUGGUUGUUUUCUAGAGGACCUGGUGCAGAAUAUGUAUAAAAACCUGUGUAGCCGGCCCCACAGUGUUGCUAGCUUAUUCCAAAUGGAUGUUCUAAGUAGAAGCUACACCUGCAAUGCAUCUUCAAACAUCUCCAAGAUUUUUGUCCAACAACAAAAGCUUAUCCCCAGAUAUGGGCUUCAGCAAUCGACGGGACUUUCAUGGAUCAACAACAGGGAUGAUGGAUCAAGGUUCCCGCUUUUCUGCAAAAAGGCAACUCCUACAGGACUCAGUAAAAGGGUGGAGAGGAGUACUGGAAGGUUUAGAGUAAGAGCUUUUAGUGAAGAGCAGGAGGGUCUUGUUGUCAAGUCAUGGGCUGCUAUGAAACCAAAAGCUGGAGAAUUGGGUAUGAAACUUUUCUUGAGGAUCUUUGAGAUAGCACCGACUGCGAAGAAAUUGUUUUCAUUCUUGAAGGAUGCAGAGGGUCCUCUAGAACAGAAUCAAAAGCUCAAACCCCAUGCCAUGACCGUCUUUGUUAUGACAUGUGAAUCAGCUGUGCAACUGAGAAAGGCCGGAAAGCCGACGGCGAGAGAGUCGAGUAUGACAGAUCUGGGAUCUGUCCACUUCAAAUAUGGAGUCGUUGAUGAGCAUUUUGAGGUAACGAGGUUCGCCCUGUUGGAAACUAUAAAAGAAGCUAUUCCAGAGAUGUGGUCACUAGAGAUGAAGGGCGCAUGGGGAGAAGCUUAUGAUGAGCUUGUAGCAGCUAUAAAGAGAGAAAUGAAGCCCUCUAAUGAAAAGUAGGAGAGAGAAUUUGAUUAUGCCUCCUUCACACGUCUAAUUUCAAUUUUUUUGGGAUAUUUCUGUUUGAUUUUAUUUCUGCUGUUUCUUUGCUUGAAAACAGUAAAAAUAGUUUUCUCCGUUUUUGUGCUAAGAAAAAGUUUUAGGAGUUGAAAAAAGUGUGUGAUUUUUUUGUUUCCAAAAAUGUGUUCAGGAGAAGUUGGUGUUUAAUAACCACACAAGGCCCCGAAAAAUUUUUAAUACCAUCGAUCUCUUUCAAGUGGUUCCAACCAAAAA